AUGUCGUCGGUCGACAAGCUCCUUAUACGAGGAAUUCGCUCAUUCGAUCCUGAGAAUCCAAAUGUCAUUCAAUUCUAUAGCCCUCUCACCCUAAUUGUCGGUGCUAAUGGCUCGGGAAAAACGACGAUCAUUGAGUGUCUCAAGUAUGCAUGUACGGGCGAUCUCCCCCCAAACAGCAAAGGUGGUGCCUUCAUCCACGAUACCAAGCUUGCAGGCAAGGCAGAGGUCAAAGCCCAGAUCAAACUGAAAUUCAAAAACGUUAGAGGCACGCAUAUGACAUGUACGCGGUCAAUGAGCUUGACGCAGACCAAGACCACCGCAAAAUUGAAGACCUUGGAGAGUUUGCUGCAGACCCGAAAUGAACAGACUGGCGAAACUUAUAGUAUCAGUACGCGGUGUGCCGAAUUGGAUGCAGAGCUGCCGCUACAUCUAGGUGUACCAAAGGCUAUCUUGGACAAUGUCAUCUUUUGCCAUCAAGAAGAAAGUAACUGGCCAUUGUCAGAAGCAAGCAUUCUAAAAAAAAAGUUUGAUGAAAUCUUCUCCUCUACGAAAUAUACCAAAGCACUCGUUAAUAUCAAAGACCUUCGAAAGAAUCGAAAUGAAAACUUGCGUGUGGACACACAAAAAUUGCAGGCAAUGGCAAGUGACAAGGAAAAGGCCGUCAAGAUUAGAAAAACAGUUGCAUUGAUGAAAAACGAAAUGGCAAAGAAGAGGCAGAGUGUGACAACUUUGGAUCAGCAGAUGCAUGAAGUAGCGGCCGAAAUAGACUCACUUCUAGCAAAAGUACAAGAACUCCAAUCACUGGAAGCUAAGCUUGAGCAGAAAGUUCACCAGAUGCAGGUCACUGGCGAAAAUCGAGAUGAACUCGCAGCCAACAUGAAAAUGAUGUCGCAAUCCGAUACAGAACUGGAGAGGAUGAAGGAGCAACAUCAGUCACGUAUAUCCACCGACGAAGAAACCAGGAAACACAUAGCAGAAGAACAAGGUGCAUUGGAAGCCCAGCUCAAGAUCUACCAACAACAGGUUCUUGAUAAGAUGACACACUUGGGAAAACUUCAAGCCGAGAAAGAUGCCAACGAACAAAGAAUUAAAGAACGAAAGGAUAUUAUACUCAAGGCAAAUCAACGAUAUUCCUUUUUGGCUCUUAGUGAAGAGGAUAUUGGCAACGAUGACAUCAAUCGCUUUGAAGAGAAGCUCGCUCAAUCCAGUGAUAAACGAGAAGAGUUAGAUUCCGAAAUUCAACUCGUUCGUAGUGAGAAGACCAGUCUCGAAGAAGGCAUAAAGUUUACCAAAAAGCAAUUGGUACGUAUGCGGUGCAUACUUUCUUAUAAAACUUUGGAAAUCAAUCAACAAAAUAUCAAGCGACUCACCAGCCAGAUGAAGGAAAUCAAAGCAAGCAAAAGCGAAAUAGAAUACUUGCGCCAGAAGUUUGAGCAGGCCCAAAAUGAUCUAAAAGCAUCCCGAAAUGAAAGCUUGGCAGAUAAUCUUUCAGAACAGCUGGCUGAUAAAGAGAGAGAGCUGCGAGAUGUUGACGACGGUAUAUCUGCCCGAAAUGAUGAGAUCACUGUAUUGAACAAGCAAGGCGAUACUCGAGCUAAAUUGAGCCUGAAGAAACAGGAUCGGGACCGGCUUUCGGCAACUAUGAAUGGACUCUACGCUGAAUGCAAAGAGCACGUACAAAAGAUGACAGGCCAUGAACCUACCAUUGAUGGCUUGGAGCAAGAUGUCGAAAGUGCCGAAGAAACCAAGGAUCAACAACUACGAAAUGCAAAUAAGCAAUUAUCUGAUCUAAUUGGACAAGUAUCCUCCGCCGAAACGAAAUUGAAUAUUGCUCAAGCUGAUUAUAAUAAGAAGAAAAGUGAAUGCCGAGACCUUGAGGAGCAAAUUCGUCAAGUAUGCAAUGAUGAAAGGCUACCGGAUAUGAUUGCCGACUGUGAAGCAGAAAUCCAAGAAAACAAAAGCAUGCUGUCUGGAGUGGAUGGUGCUGUUGAAAUGUACAAGCGGUUCUUGGCGGCAGCAAAAAAGACCGACACUUGUCCUUUGUGUAGACGUGGUUUCCAUGACACUUCAGAGAUGGAUGUGUUGGUAAAGAAGGUAAGUGAAUCGAUUAUACAGCCACAACCUCAACAAGUACGAGGAAUCAAACAAGAGAUAGUCGAUUUAGAAGAACGGCUCUCCCGGUUGAAGCAAGCACAGCCUUCCUGGAACAAGCUCAUACAGUUGCGUGAUGUCGAGUUGGACAUUUGCAAAAAUUCAGAAACUGAGCUACAAGAAACGAAACGACAGCUGGCAACAGAAUCUGAGAAAGUGAAAGAAACUGUACAUACCCUAGAAGAAGAAAGGAAGAAUAUCUCUAAUGUAAAACGCAAGGUUGAGGAUGUCGUCCGCAUCAAAUCGGAAAUUCGAGUGCUAUCAGAUGAAAUUCGGUCGUUAGAGGAAGAGCUCAGUAUAUCGGGGUCGACCAAAACCAUAGACGAAUGUAGUCGUGAGAUGGAACAGCUUGCUGACAAAGGGAGAGCGUUGCGAAGAGCGGUCAAAGCGUUACAUGAUGAUCGAACUCGGCAGACGAGUAGAGCACAACUUCUUGAAGUGAAGGUGCGGGAUGCCAGAGAAGAGCUUGUCAAUAUGGAGCAGAAAUUGCAAACCAAGGAGAACUUGCAGGCUCAAAUUGAUUCCCUGCUCAACGAUAGCAAAGCAUUAGAACCAUCGCAAUCCCAGAAUGACGACAAGAUUAUCACGCUGUCAACCAAAAUUGGAGAGCUGUUGCAGAACCUUCGAAGGUUUCAAGAAAGUAGCGCUCAAGAGCAAGAUGAACUUCAACAAGAGAUCAACUCAAUGGAGCAAGACUCUGGAAAACUCAAGUCAUUUGCGGCGGCAAUUCAAAUGUAUGUUGAACAAGCCGGUCCAGAUCAACUCAACAGAUGUUUGGAGGAAAAGAAAGCACUGGAUAAAAAGGUCGAGAGCAUCAAAGUUCAAAAUGCGACUCUGGCGUCCAAGUUGGCGGAAAUAGAGAAGCGGCUAAGUGAGGUCAAAAAUCUCGAGCGUGAUCUGACUGACAAUCUGCGAUACCGAGCUGCUGUAACCAACAUCGAAAAAUUGCAAGUCGAAAUCCACGAACUUCAUCGCCAGCUGCAGCAAUGGGACAACACAUCCUAUGAAAGUCACCUUGAGACACUUCAGAGUCGGCAAGCAGAAUUAAUUGACAAACGUGGCGGAAUCCAAGGAGAACUCCGACAAAUGGACGAUCAAAUCGAGCGUUAUGAAUAUGAUCUCAAGACUGAAUAUAAGGACAUUGAUAAGCUGCAUCGAAAGCAUUUUAUUGGCGUCAGGGCAUCGGAAAUGGCUAUCGCUGAUAUGAACAAAUAUGCCUCUGCGCUUGAAAAGGCUAUCAUGCGGUUCCAUGCCCUGAAAAUGGAAGAUUUGAAUAAAAUCAUCAAGGAACUUUGGAUUAAUACCUAUAAAGGAGGAGACAUCGACUAUAUCGAAAUCCAGUCAGACAACGAUGGGCCAGCGUCCAACCGAUCAUAUAAUUACAGAGUCAUGAUGGUACAGAACGGGGUUAAAAUGCAAAUGCGGGGGCGUUGCAGUGCAGGGCAAAAGGUGCUGACAUCUAUUAUCAUUCGGCUUGCGUUGGCGGAGACGUUUUGUAUCAACUGCGGAAUAUUAGCUCUGGAUGAGCCCACGACGAACCUUGAUCGAGAUAACAUUGAGAGCUUGGCAACAAGUUUGGCCAGCAUUAUUCGGGUUCGCAGAAAACAAGCCAACUUUCAGUUGAUCGUCAUCACGCAUGAUGAAGAAUUUGUCGAUUUUCUCGGUCGAUCAGAUAUUGCAGAAUACUAUUAUCGAGUUCAUAAAGAUGACCUGUAA